AUUUUAAGAUUGAAACGAAACGUUACUGAAACUGUCACCCUCACCCGCACCAUGUUACAGCGCAUUAUUAGGCGCCGAUAUUGUUAAAUUAACAUUUUCCUUUAUGUUGAAUGUAUUAUCUAUGUUUAAUAAUUAAUUCAUAGAUAAUACACUUAAUUUAUCAUUAAACCUGGAUAGACAUACAUAGUAAUAAAAUAGUAUGUAUAGAUUGGCUCUUAUAUAAUGUAAUUUCGAAAGAAUUAUGCAAAACUAGAGUUCACAUAAUGAACAAGUUACAUCUAUUUUAAAUAAAUAAAAAAACAAGUUUCAAAAUUUUGCUAGUAUCAUUUGUAAUAAUGUCAUCUACUACUACAACACCAUCUACACAUGCACCACCACCACCACCACCACCGCUUCAUCCUCAAACUUCCUUAGUUAAUGUGAAAUCCUCUGAUUUAAAAACAGUUUCAACAAAUAAUGUUUUUGUUCAUUUUAAUUCCUGCCAAUGGGCUGCACACUAUCCUGAAUUGAGAGAAGCAUGUACAAAGAAUAACUUAUUCUUAGAGAAGGAACCUUUCAAAUACAAAUAUAAAUACAUUGAAUCAGUACUUCAAGUUGGGCCCACAUGUGGACUUGUUGCACUGUCAAUGUUAGUUGAUAGAAAAGUUACUGCCAAUGAAAUGUUGAAUAUUGCAAAAUUAUCAGGCUACACUGGCAAUGGUGAAAUGUGCAGUUGUAAGAACAUGGUCAAAUUAGUUAAAGAAGUAUUCAAUUUAGCUGGAAUAAAUAAUGUGACCUUUGAAUUGAAAAUUGGUAACUUAUUUAGCAGUGAAACAAUUGAAUUGUUAACGGAUGGUGCAAUUAUAUUGGUGCCAUAUGAUGCUGAUUGCAAUCACUCACCGUGUCUACGUAAUGGUCACACGGCACACUGGGCUCUCAUCUGUGGAAUCCUUAUUGAUAACCCUACUGAAUCUUUUGAAUUAGAUGCCAACAAUAUUUAUGUAUUAUGUAAACAUGGAAAGUCUAAGUAUUUAGCCAUUUGGAAAUUAGCAGAUUUAGACAGCAGUAAUAAGAAUCUAAAAGAAUUUUCUCCAAAGAAGGGAACUGAUGGUUCCACAUAUGUUCUACCUGAUGGCGGAAUUGGUGGAGAAGACGGUCUCUGUAAUCAAUAUUUAGUGUUUAAAGGAUUAAACCCUAAUUAGCUGACUAAGACAAUUGUGUUGGAUCUUGUUCAGGUUCAAGACAACUUUGAACAGGACAGCUUAAUAUCUCAAUGCAUUCAUAUCGUUGUAUCUGUGGGUUCCAGUAUUAGCUUAAUGUUAAAUAGGAUUUGACGACUCUUUCCCUCAUAGUUAUAAAUAUAGUAAGAGAAAUUUAUUUAAUCAACAACUUAGUAGGUAUGUCAUAAGUAACAUUUAUAAUGGUUUAUAUUAAUUAGGGUAUAUUGGUACCAUAGCUUAAAACAUAGACUCAAAGUAUACAGCAGUUAAUUGUGUAAAUGUAUAAAUAAAAAAUGGAUUUAACUUUACUCAUGUUCUUAUAAUGUAACUAAAAUAAUAGAAAAUAUGCUGAAAGCUAACAGGCUGAAUCUAUGGGCCAGAGGGAAUGUCAGGGUUAAGAAAAUUGUUAAAGAAAUCAAUAUGAUCUAUUAUAAAAUUAUGAAUAAGUCCAAAUGAAAUGAGUUUGUUUUACAAAAGAUGUUGAAAUUAAAUAAUGUUAUUUAA